AAGAGGCACUGCUGCGGUCACCUGCUGCUGGAGCUGCAGACACGACCUACAGUCAGUAGUGGCCCAAUUCCCCUGCAAAAAUAACUGCUCCUCACCUGUCAAGGGACGGAACAGCGACUGGUGCACACGGAAGGGUGCAGAUUUUACAGAAGAGUGUGGUGCUGAUGUGAUGUUGGAGGAUCAGGCUGUGGUGCACUGAGCCUCCCAUGGCUGUUAGCACCAUGGACUCUGAAUCAACCCGGACCCCUCAGCCCCAAGCUGCCCUGACUGAAAGAAGCCACUCCCUCCUGCCUUUUGAGGCUCUGAGUGCCACUCUGGGCCCUCAAGGGAAGCACUAUGUCUGUGGCUCCAUUGCAGCUUUUACCAAUAUCGUGGUGACCUUCCCCAUCCAGAAGGUCCUGUUCCGCCAGCAGCUGCACGGUGUGUUGGCCACUGAGGCGGUGCGGCAGCUCCAGAGCGAUGGGCUGAGGAAUCUUUACCGGGGCCUGUUGCCCCCGCUGCUCCAGAAGACCACAACAGUGGCCAUAAUGUUUGGCCUGUACGAGGACUUCUCUAGAGUCUUAUUGGACCGGGCCGAUAGCAGCGGUGUGCCGGAGCUGGUCACACGAAGCUUUGCUGCAGCACUGGCAGGAAUUGCAGAGGCCAUCCUGACACCAUUUGAACGCGUGCAGACUCUCCUACAAGACCAUCGGCACCACGGCCGCUUCAACAACACAGCCCACACCUUUCGGACACUUCUGACUGAGUAUGGUGUCAGAGAGUGCUACCGUGGCCUCGUGCCCAUACUUCUCCGUAAUGGCCCGAGCAAUGUGCUCUUCUUUGGGCUCCGGGGGCCCAUUAAAGAGCAGCUCCCAGAAGCCACUAGCCGGGCAGGCCACUUGGUGAAUGAUUUUGUGUGUGGAGGGUUGUUGGGGGCUGGCCUUGGCAUUAUGUUCUAUCCAUUAAAUGUGGUAAAGUCCCGGGCUCAGUCUCAGGUUGGCGGAGCCUUUCAGCCAUGCAGGAAGGUGCUGCUGACAGUGUGGAGAGAGAGGGGUGGCAGCUUGGCUAUGCUCUUCAGAGGGGCACACCUGAAUUACCACCGCUCACUCCUCUCUUGGGGGAUCAUCAAUGCCACCUACGAGCUGCUGCUGAAGCUCUUAUGAGAGGGGAAAAUGGAGAUGACAAAAUAGAAACGCAGAAAGAAAGAGAAAGUAUUUAAAGGGAAAAACGUAUAUGGAGCGAUAGAGCGAGUUUGUUGAGAAGACAGGAAAUUGUAAAAGUAAAGCCAAUGCACUUGCUGUCUGCUGCGGUUUGUGGGACGUUGGAGUUGCCAUGAUUGAAAGACAGCAGUGAAGUUGCACUUCUGACAGGGGCCAACAGUCAAUGUGAGAUAACCACCUGCCAUUGCGACUUUUUACUGUUGUCAGAGUAUUACAAAACAAAAUACACGCUUUAGCCUAUACAAAACUUGUGCCAGGGUCCAAUUGAAAUGCCCUUGUUUGCUCUGUGUACAAAAAUUUUGCGGAGCAAACUAAACUCCAGUGCUUUUUGUCCCACAGUUUCAAGCAAUGGUUACUUGACUGGAUAAACUGUUUUAUAGGAGAAGCUGUUUCUUUCUAUGUGCUGUGUGCUGUGGUGUUUUGUAGACAGUAUCAAUCUUUUUUUUUUCGACCAAAAGCACUUUGUCUGUGAUGCUGAAUUCUGCCACUUAACUCGAACACUUUUGUGCUUUUGACCAUUGAAAUACCCCAAAAAUUGUUGUCAAGGAGAAUGUACUAAACUGUACUAAACUGUGUGAGUGUUGGCCCUUUUAUUUCUCGUUAUACUCACUCUCCACUUACUCAGAAUAUGUCGAUGAGAUCAGAAAACUAAUAAAUUAAAGAAAGUUAAAAUUAAUAUCAGUGAUAUACAUGUUCUUGGAAAUACUGUCCAGUGGACACAGGCAGGCUGUUUUAAACUUUUUGUCUUUUCACACAUAAUUCAUCUAUGUGAAAUGUUUUGUUUGUCUUGACUGAUUUUGUGAAGUGCUGGUGGCAGGGUAUAUGUGUUACUUGAGUUUUGACAAGUGCCCAUUGAUUCAUAUGUCAGUAAAACAUACGGUCACACCCAUAUCUUGUCUGUUUUUAUAAUUCAUUGGAAGAGAGAAAAAUAAUACUGAACCUAGAAUAUGCUAUUACAACAGAUAAUCCCACAGAAAAUGUUUGUCUUUUUUUAAGGGUUUUUUUUUUAACAAAGCCUUUGCAGCUUCAGAAAAAGCUAUAAUGACAUUAAUUUUAUUAUGCACUGUUUCGGGGAUAUUGUUCAUUUAUUGACUAUAAAACAAAGUGCUCCUCAAUGUUUGUUUCCUUUUUAGAAACUUUAAUGACACCAGUUUUAUAUGUGCAUCUUUGUCCUUUUGCUCACCCUUUUUUAUAUUUCCUCCUCUCACGCUUGCUGUCCUCUCUGUCAGUAACAUCUGUUGACAUAAUGGGCUCAGAUUUCAAGCUUGAGUAGAUGCGGUCUCCACGCGGCAGUUCUCCGUGGGUACGGCAGCCCAAAGAGGAAAGGCAUGCUGCAUGGACACACAGAGAGAGAGAGAGAGAGAGAGAGAUACUGAAUAGUAAUGGUGCUGAGAGAAGACGGGGGCAGAGGGUAAUGUUCAGUGGCACAAAAAGCUCAAGCUGCCAUGUAAAUGGAUCACUUGGCCUAUUUCUUCAGUUCUUUUUAUCUUGUCUGCCCACAGUCUACUAUGUUUCAUUAGAUCUUUUCAAGGUUUUCCAGGGUUUCCUCUUCGAAAGUACAGCUUUGUAUUCUAUAAGGUAAUGAAAGUGGGACACCGUCUCUGAUACUAUAUUAUGCUGUUUAUAAUUACCACUAUCCAUGAAGCACAAGUCACCAAAUCAGUAGAAAAUUGUGAAAUUUGUCAAAGUGCAACCAAAUGAAAUGUUUGAAACCAAUCCAUUAAAAAUGUUG